GACUAUUCAUCAGAGACGGGCCACUUCUACACCAAGGAGCUCGCGCCCAACGGUCAACGGAUGUAGAAAGAAAGUUAAAAGAGCCAAUCAACUUCUAGAGUUGGACAUCGCCUGUCAUUCAACUCGAGAAAGCGCAUGCGUAUUGGCUAUACAAUCCAGUAAAAUUUCAUUUUUUAGCGUAAAAGUAGGAAAAGAAUCACAUUUUAUUAUACUAGGUUUGUCAGAUUUUACCGCUGAUUUAAAAUAUGCUCUUUGAUCGUAAUCACGACCAAUCGUUUUUUAGAUAAUGGUGUUCCCCCAUUUAAGUAGAUAGGAGCUGCACUGACAUGAUUGAAAUACAGUUUUGGAAGCGUUCCAUCUCGUUCCGACAGUGAACUGACUUGCUAGAGAGACUUUGAUCUGCUCAUCAUUUACUUAUUGUGAGAAAGAACUCUGACCCCAUUCACUACACCUGACAUAAAAUCGCUCUAAACGUGUUGUUUUGAUUUUACGGAUAUUGGAAGCUGAAUGGACCCCCAAGUUACUCAUGGCUUACCGAAGGACAUAUUAAAUAUGUUUUUUCUGCUUGUUCAAGCAACGUUUCUACUUCAAUAACAUGCUGUACAAAGCCGAGCUGUCAUCGGCGGUUUAGCCGGCGAGCUAAACAACAAAGCGUGCUCAGCUAAUUAAUAAUCUUUUCAGCUGAUCACCUUAACAGCAAUCAUUUUCUCUGGAUUUUAUUUUUUGCUUGGCGCUUCAGCAUUUUUUACAUGGUUUAAACUUGUUUUCAGGAUAAUGGAAAUGGAACCUGUCUACAAUCUGGGAAAUAUCUGAGCUGUUUAUCCAAGCUUUCCCAAAUCAAGUCGAGUGGGAUUCAUACGUGAUAUUACAGUGGGUGCAAAAUGCUGAUCGUGUUACCCAUGGUGAUGGUUGCUCUUAACGACAAAGCACCUUUUUCCAUGGCCCCAUUUGGAGCUCCUCUUAAGCAUGUCUCUGUUGGGGAUCUGCAGUGAUGUCGUGUUGUUGGAUGAUGGUCAGUAGAGAGUAGCACGCCAACGUGUCGCAUGGAUGCCAACGUGUUUUUAAGGUGACAGGCAGGUGAGGCAACACUGUUUGGGGAGAAACUUGAAUUGAUUUUAAAUUUUCCUUCCUCAAUCAUGUUUUAAGGGACACUGUUCAACUGAAAAGCAUCUCAGAAAUGCGCCACAGCUGCAUACAUCCAAGUGAGACAUUUAGAUGAGAACAAGAACUGAGAAGUUACUGAGCUGGAACAGUGAAUGUAUUUAAAACUGUGAGUGUUCCAGAAUCUACCCUAAAAACAUUUUUUUUUUGCCAAUAUAUUUAGUUAUAAUGGACCAGAAGUGGAUGAGCAAUCACCAUAUACACAUCUAAGGAAGCAAGGACUGUAGUGAAACACAUGCUCAGGGUGUGUCUGUGUAUUUUGGAGUGUUGUCUUCAUCAUUGUGGUAGUUGGGAGUAGUCCAUUGUGACACCUCGGUAUUAGAGCGAUGUGGGGAUUGUGGAUGCUUCCUUCUGCAACAAUGUUGCAUACUUUUUUGCUGCUGCUUCUCAUAGGAACCUUCAUCAGGCUGUCUGAGCCCAUGACCAAAGAGGAGAAGAACAAACUAAGAAACCAAGUUCUGGAAAUGUUUGACCACGCUUAUCACAAUUACAUGGACCAUGCUUACCCUGCAGAUGAGCUAAUGCCUUUAACUUGCCGUGGCCGAGUACGUGGACUAGAGCCCAGUCGGGGGGAUAUAGAUGAUGCCCUGGGCAAGUUCUCCCUCACACUUAUUGAUACUCUUGACACUCUUGCGCUGUUAAAUAAGACCGAAGAGUUUGAAGAGGCAGUGAGGAGAGUUGUGACGGAUGUACGGUUGGAUAAUGACAUCGUGGUGUCUGUUUUUGAGACCAAUAUCCGGGUGCUGGGUGGCCUGCUAGGGGGCCACUCCAUGGCUGUCAUGUUGAAAGACAGUGGCCAAAUGCUCUGGUACCAUGAUGAGCUGCUGCACAUGGCCAGAGAUCUUGGGCUAAGACUGCUGCCUGCAUUUAACACCAGCAGUGGCCUGCCUUACCCUAGAGUGAACUUGCGUCAUGGAGUCCGUGGACCCGAGACUCGUACAGGCACUGAGACGGACACCUGCACUGCCUGUGCUGGUACAAUUAUCCUGGAGUUUGCAGCUUUGAGCCGCUUUACUGGGGACCCCACAUUUGAGGCUCAUGCGAGAAGAGCUCUGGACUUCCUUUGGGAAAAGAGACAGAGGAACAGUAAUCUAGUUGGAACAACCAUCAACAUCCACUCUGGAGAGUGGGUCCGCAGGGACAGCGGUGUUGGGGCAGGCAUAGACUCCUAUUAUGAGUACUUGAUGAAGGCGUAUAUAUUACUGGGUGAUGAUCAAUUCUUGCAGCGCUUUAACACUCACUACGCAUCCAUAAUGAAGUACAUCAGCCAGCCUCCUUUGCUACUGGACGUUCAUAUCCAUAAACCCCUGCUGCCAGCACGCACCUGGAUGGACUCCUUGCUUGCUUUUUUCCCUGGACUGCAGGUAUUGAAAGGGGAUAUCCGCCCUGCCAUUGAGACACAUGAAAUGCUUUAUCAGAUCACCAAGAAACACAACUUCCUCCCUGAGGCUUUCACCACUGAUUUCAGGGUUCACUGGGCUCAACACCCCCUUCGGCCAGAGUUUGCAGAAAGUACCUACUUUCUCUAUCAGGCCACCAAAGAUCCAUAUUACCUGGAGGUGGGGCGCACCAUACUGGAAAACCUGAAUCGCUUUGCUAGAGUUCCUUGUGGCUUUGCUGCUAUGAAGGAUGUGAGGACAGGGAGUCACGAGGACCGCAUGGACUCAUUUUUCCUAGCAGAGAUGUUUAAGUACCUAUUCCUGCUGUUCGCUGAAGAGGAGGAUUUGUCUUUUAAUGUGGAGGACUAUGUCUUCACCACAGAAGCUCAUCUGCUCCCUCUUUCCCUCUCCACUACCUCAAACUCACCACCGCCCCCUGUGAUCAACAAGAUGGCUGGAGAAGAGCUUGAUGACGCAAAUUUCGAGUGGACUUGCCCUAACACCCGGCUUCUCUUUCCUGACCCUGCCUUCCCACGCAAUCUUCGUGAACCAAUCAGGAGCACAGUGGACAAGAGCUGUCCACGCCCAGCUGCCAUUCGAGAGCCUGGUAUGGGCCAUCCUCCUUUGAGGGCUCAGGACUUCAUGGCCAAUAAUCCUGAACACCUGGAACUACUGAGGCGAAUGGGUGUGAGUCUCAUCCACCUGAAGGAUGGUAGAGUGCAACUUGUCCAGCAUGCCACUCAGGCAGUGAGUGCCAUUGCUGCAGAGGAUGGUAUGCGUUUUAUGCAGGAGAUGAUGGAGCUCUCCAGCCAGCAGCAGAAAGAGCAGCUUCCUCCACGUGCUGUUCAGAUUGUGUCACAGCCCUUUUUUGGUAGAGUUGUACUGACCGCAGGCCCUGCUCAGUUUGGAUUCGAUCUUUCCAAGAGCAGCUCUGGAGUUCGUGGGUUUGUAACUGUAGCAGAGCCCUACAAUGGCUGUUCUGAGUUGAGUAAUGGUGAGAUUGUGGCUGGCCGCAUUGCUCUGCUGCAGAGAGGCCAGUGUAUGUUUGCAGAAAAGGCCAGGCACAUUCAGAAAGCCGGGGCCAUUGGAGGCAUUGUCAUUGAUGAUAAUGAGGGCAGCAGCAGUGACACGGUUCCAUUGUUCCAAAUGGCAGGAGAUGGGCGGAACACUGAAGAAGUCAUUUUUCCGCUCCUCUUCCUGUUUCACAAAGAGGGCAACAUCCUGUUGGAGGCGCUUAAGGAAUACAGGGAGGUGGAGGUGCUGCUAAGUGAUAAAGCACGAGACAGAGAUGCCAUAUUUAAGGGGAAAGCCCUCCCGGGCACCCUGUUGGAUGGCAGUACAGAUGGAGCAGAGGAAGAGGACUGCUCCACAGAGGAGAAGGACCACAGUUCUCCCACCUCCUCUGAACCUCUCGACCAAUCAAAAGUAACUACUCAGGAACAAGUAGCAGAAGACUCAGUUGUGGGGAAGGAGUCGGUUCAGCCAGCAGAGGGUCUUGACAGUAACGUCCCUGUGGAUGUAUGGGAGGAGCCUGCAGGGGACGAAGACUCAAAUAGCCAAUCAGGGGACUCACUGAUGGCUGAUUGGCAGGAGGACUUAGAAGCUUUUAAGCAGAUGGAGAAGGAUGAGCUUUGAUAUUACGCUCCAUCUCUGACUGCGCUAGUUUGUCCUAGCUGUAGCACAGACUGAGAAAACAGUUCUGUCAUAUGCUGAAAAUAUAUCAGACAGGCGCGAUAUAAGAACGCUGGCUCAAAGAGCUCAUUUUCUACAGCCAGUUCUCAGGGGCCUCACGUAUUUCCGAACUGUGAAGAACUGUGUUUAAGAUCUCACCCCCACAUUAUCACUCUCACUCUUGUCCCAUUUUUGUCUUCCUUCUCCCAAAUGGAUCCUGUGAGUAUUGAAGUGCAGGCUUGGCUGCUUUGACUGGAAUUAAUUGCUUUUUAAAUAGGUUUCAUGCUCAAUUCUUGCCUCCAGGGUCUUAAUCAACAGUUGAAAAAUAAGGAAAUAAGAGGAUCGUUAUGGAGUGAUAUACUGUAUGUAUGUCUGAGUGUUUGUAUGUUUAUUGUUUUUGAUUGGUAAGAGAAUCAGACUGGGGCUCUCAUCUAUACAAACCACUCACUUCUCAAAGCUCCUUAGCUUUCCAACCUCCACAUUAAGUAUUUAAUGGUCUUACACAUUUAAUCCAGCUAAUGACUUUAAGAUGAGGUCUUUUGAAGAAAAACAUUAAACGUCUUGAGAUGACAACUUUGCACUUCAGUGAUGGAAUGUGUUCUAAGGAUGGAGAUUUGAGAAGCAUACUGAAGGGUCCACCAGAGGGUGCCAUUGCUCUGUUGCUCCCAAUAACAAACUAAUUGACUGGGAGAACAUGCCAGGGGGCAUGGGCCAUGAUAAGCUCAAUAAAAUUGAUUAA